CUGGCCAUAAAGUUUUUCCUUGUGUUUGUGUGGAACUUCCUGUGUUGCAGUUUUUACCCGUUGCCCCAUGUUCUGUUGCUGAACACCACUGCAAAGAGCUUAGCUUCAUCUACUUGACUCCCACACUUCAAACAUUUAUAAACAGCGACAAGAUAUUUAUAAACACUGGUGACAAUUAGUGUCGCCCACAAACUUACUUAGCAUUCCUUUAAGUUCUUCAUCCAAGUCAUUUAUGAAAACAUUAAAGAGAACUGGCCCAAAAAUGGAGGUCUAUGGAACCCCAGUAGUGAGCGGCCGCCAGCCUGAUGUCACUGAGUUUCCUGUAACCAUUUGAGCUUGGUCCGUCAGCCAGUUCUCACCUACUGUGCUGAGUAUUUUCACCGUGAUGGAAGGAGAGCUGUAUAGCAUACGUGAGGAAUAAACACAACGUAUAUUGCAUAUUUCUGAAGAGGACAGGUACUAUAUGUGCGGUGUAGCAUGCAGGCUGGGAAGAGAGAGCAAGAAGUGCUUUGGUUGUAGUUUGAGUCAUUAAGGUUUCUUUCUUGUUUUUUUUUUUUUUUUUUUCCUUAUCUUUCAUUUCUUUUCCUAUAAAAGCCAUCAGGAGAUUUGAACAGCUACCGCAGCUUUUAAUAAGCCUACUGCCAUGCUCAAAUAUUUCUUUGUUGCCACAGGAGUUAAAAAUUACUUGUUAAUGAAAACCGAGGUUAAGAUCAGCCACCCCUGCAGCCAAGACUCCUGAUAUGUCCGUGUCUGGCAGGCGCGGGGCCGCCCGGCCGGGCCUUCCCCUGGGCGCCGGGAGGCGGUGCCGCUCCGCUUCCACGGCAACAGCGGAGGCCGCGCCGCGGCGGGCGGGUGGCAGCCGGCUCCAUGGCCUCCCUGGCCGAGCCCCCCGGCUCACGGGCGCACUCCCGCUCCCCAGGGCUGUCCCCGGCCCUCGGUCCCUCUCGCUGCGGCGGGGAGCGGCGCAGGGCCGGCUCGGAUGCUGUUCAGGAGACGCAGGUGCGGCCGGAUCUGAACCACGCCAUCAAGCUGCUGGAAGAUGCAGGCUCCAGUGAUUUGGAAGAUGAGCAGCUGAAAGUUCUCAAGAAGGUAGUCAAGUCUUUUGAAAAUGGGCUUCCCCUUAAGGAUUUAACACAAAUAAUGGACAUUCUUAACCUGUGUGCAGAAAAAGUGAAUGAACAAGAAGCUUUCGUUGAGCCUGUAUGUGAACUUAUUAAGUUAUGUGGUUUGCCAUUUCAAAAAAAGAAAUUAUCAGAUGAAGUAAACUAUUCUGUGGCAGUUUCAAAAUCCAUUGCACAACUUGGUUGUUUGAUGAGGGUGCCAAGUUCUCAAGUUAGAAUACAAAUCUGUAAGUGUAUAAUUAGCUUUUAUAAGAUGGAGCUACCAAAAAAACUACUUCCAGGUUACCAGCCAACAAGUGCAAACUAUAAGAUUCAGAUGGCUGAAUUAGGAGGAUUAGCAGAAACUCUUGUUUUAUCUCUAGCAUUAGUUGAAAAUCAACUUACUGAGAAGCUGUGGGUUCUUAAAGCUCUUGAGCACCUCUCCAGCUCUGGAGUAAAUUGCAGACAUAUGAUGAAGGCUCAAGCAGCCAGCAGACUCUGUUUGUGUCUAAAUGGCACUGAUCCCUCAGGACAACUGGUGUUCCGCUCAUCAGAAAUCCUAUGGAAUCUACUAGAAAAUAGCUCAAAAGAAGAAGUUGUUAAUCAACUCAGUAGCUUGGAAUGUAUACAUGCAUUGAAGGAAGUAUUUGUGGACCGGCUCAUAAAUGGAUUCCGCCAUUAUGAUCGUCAGCUAAGGAACGACCUCCUGGUGAUUGCCACGUUAGUAGCUGAAAACUCUGCAGCAUCUAUGAUUGAAAGUGGAUUUACAAUGCUGUUAAUAGUACUUGCAACGUUUACGGAAGCUAAAAUUCCCAAUCCUUUGUUAAAAGGUCUUAAACUUACCUACUCUUAUGAAGACUUUGAGAUGAAGAAGUUGUUGUUUAACAUUAUAGGGAUCUUUUCUAAAGACCCGCAUGCUGUACAGCUUCUCAGUGAAAAUGAUGUGAUGCCAGCUUUGUUGGAUUAUGUAAAACCACAUAAGAAGCCUGGAUUUCAUGACUGGUCUGCUGCUCAAUAUGAGGAAUUACAGCUUCAUGCAAUUGCUAUUUUAGCUUCAGUGGCUCCCUUGUUAGUUGAUAAAUAUUUGUCUUGCCAAGCAAACACUCUUCUUCUUGUGUUUCUAGAAUGGUGUAUAGGUCAAGAUCCUUUCUUUGGUCAAGGUAACAGUUUCCAUGGAACAGGUGGUCGUGGCAGCAAACUUGCACAAAUGCGCUACAGUCUGAGAGUGCUGAAAUCUGUUGUAUCCCUUCAUGAUGAUGCUGUGAACCUCAAUUUGUGUGACCAGGGAGCAAUUAGCCAGCUACUGGAUGUCCUGAAGUAUGCAGCAAACAAAUUGGAACAAAAAGAUGAUGCCAUUCUGCUGGAAAUCCAGGCUAACAUAUUAUUUAUUUUGUCUGCUCUCUGUGAAAAUGAUGUCCACAGAAAGGAACUCUUCAGCUAUGAAGGAGUGGAUUUACUUAUCUCAUUCAUUCAAAUGGAUCCAAAGAAGCUGCACAGUGGGCUGGGCCACAAUCGUCUCCUUUUCAGUGCACUGGACUGCUUAUGGUCCUGUGUCAUUGGAUGCUACAUUGCAGAGGAUUAUUUUCUAGAACAACAGGGCAUUUUUCUCCUUCUGGAUUUGCUGGCAUUAAAACAGAAAAACUUGUGCAAUGUAAUUCUUGGGAUCCUCAGUGAGUUUUGUGACAAUCCCAAAACUAUUAUUCACAUCAGUGCCUGGAGGGGGGAGAAAGAUCAAACAGCAGCUAAACUGCUAAUACAGCUAUGGAGACAGGAGGAAAUGGACUUGGGAGUCCAACGUGAUCAAUAUGGAAGGAUUGCUGAUGUGAAGAGACCUAUUGCUGGCAACUUCCAAAAAGAGCAAGAGGUCAUCCCCAUGCCUUCCAGCUGUCCCAGCUUUGCCAUUGUGGAAAUUUCAGAAAACAUACGGGCAAAACUUUAUUCACUAUUGUGCAAGCUGGGUUUUGAAAAUUUGCCUGGUUUGUCUGCUAAGGAUUUUGUCACACUUGCUAUCAUACGGCGCUAUAUUGACUUUAAGGUUGGAGAAGUUUGGAGUGAAGUGUGUGCAGAACUAAAAGAAGAAUUCAGACCUAUUGGUUCAGAUGAGGAAAUACUGAAAGUUAUUUCAGAAGUGUCAGAAAAUAUUGGAAAAAUGGUCACUGCUUACCAGACUGAAGUGCUUGAAAAUCAUCAUCACCAAGAAAUCCAAGAGGAGAAAAAAACAUACACAAAGAUUCGUGCUGUCCAUAAGCAGAAAGAAAUGGUAAAUAAAUCUUGGGAAAAUUUCUUAACUCGGACAUCAAACUAUGAAGCAUUGAAGAAAGCAAAAAGGCUUCAGGAAAAAUCAAUAGAGGCUUCCAAAUCUAAAUCAAAGACUCAAAAUGGAGCAGUCCAUUCUACUGAUAUUAAAGGCUUGGGCACAACAGUUGGAUCUGGUCGCUUAGUAACAGUUGAAAGUACACCUUUUCAAUUAGUCAAAGGACCACCAGCCGAUAAAGACCUGCCUCUUAAAAAGAUACCUUUUUGUGAAGAAGCCUUAAAAAAGAACAGAAAGAGUUAAAAACGUUGGACUCAGUCAAGAAAGAUUAGAUACUUGUAGGAUAAAUGCAUUCUGAGCUGUGCUUUUAAUGUUAACUGUGUGUGUAGUUUAGGUACAGAUAAAACAUUUCAUAUAGUUUUGAUAAACGGCAUAGAACAUCUUGAGAGUAAAGUUAUUUUUUAUAUUUUUAACUAAUGUAAACAUGGGGAUGACAUACUAAUAAAAUAUCCUAUAUAACAUAGUAUAAAGGCAUGCAAGGCAUGCUCAGUCUAAAGAUUUUGUCUGCUAGUGUCAGGUUGCCUUGACCCACUAUCAGCAGUUCUACUGUUUGGGUUUCCAUCUUCUGUUGAGACACACAGUACACUGCAGUUUAAGUGCCUCUUUCUUUGAGCAGGGUGAUGAACCUUCACUUUAAAUAUACCCAGUGUUUCAUUUUCCUGGAUGAUGUAUCCACACUGGAUAAAGUACCCACAUGGUGUUUGUUCAAGUCCAUUUUGUUUCCUGAAUUAUUGCCUUUAGCAUUGGCACUUCAGCUAAAGGCUCACUAUCAAGCCUAUCUGUGCCAGUGGUUUCUCUAGGUCUGUUAGGGAGACUAGCUGAAAUGUUCUGUAUUUUAUAGGUUUCUCACAAUUCUUUAACUGGUCAUUCAACUCUAUUUAUUUCAUGGGUUUAUUACCCAUGUUCCCUCCAAUGAGACAUCUAUCUGUUUCACUGUAGCCAUGCUGUACUCUCUAGCUGGUUAAGCUCCAUUAAUUAGUUUUGCCAGGCAGGAUGGUUUCUUAUGUUGUGAACUGUACUCAAGCCACUUCACUCAUGAGUCUUCUCAUGUGAUGUUUCCUGCCAUGACAGUGAUGGAUUGUAUCCCCUUCCUUACCUGUAUGAAUGCAUAAGUAAAGAACAGUCUUGUGCAAAGUAUCCUUCAUAAUGCGCUGAAGUUCUGCAAAUAACAUGUUAAUAGGCAAGGAAAUGACUAUUAUAAAGACCUUGCUGCAUAGAAAAUAUUUUAAUUAAUCCAUAGCUUAGACUACACAGUGAUAAAAUACAUAGCUUAGGCUGCAUGGGACAUUACAAUGAACAUAAACCUUCCCUUCAGCUUGACAUCACUCUUUGCAAUUCUUACAAUUAAAGUUGAUUGUACAUAUAACAGAGUUUAUAAAAUAUGCAUGUGGACAUUUUCUCCAUUUCUUAAUGUAUAAAAAUAUACUGGGUUUCCAUCAAAAUUAACAUUAAAAAAAAAAGUUGAACCACACCAACUGAUUUGUCUAAACAUCUACAGUAAAUACUGUACUUUUGUCCUCCUUCAUUUUGACACCACUUUGCUGAGGUAUCUCCGUGUCCUCCCCUUUUGACCUAAAAUAAGUUGGUGAAAGCAGACCUUGUAAGAUUAUGAGAUAAGCAAUUAUUUUCCAAGCAUUAUGGCUUGGAGUGCUAGGAUUAAAUUAUCUCCCUUUCAGUUUGGAAACCUGAAGUAUUUGACUGGUUAAUUAGGAAAGAAAAAAUAUGUCUGUUGCAGAGGAAGAAGGAAGCUAAUAGAUCUAGGGCUGGAUAAUAAGAUCUAAGGCAGUCACCUGUAUGAUCUCAAUUUGGAUUUAUCCCAAACCAGGAUGACUGGAAUCUAUUGCUUUGGUGACUCAGUGACCAUGAGCUCACAUUACAUGUCAAUGGUUUCAAUGAGAAGAGCAGGGUUCAAAUCGCCGGAGCUUUGUCCUUCCCUUCUCACAGAGGGAUGAUUCCCUGAAGUUGAGACUGAAGUCUGAAGACUAGAAAACUUUUAGUAUUGUAACAUCCUUCAUAUGCACACAGUGAUAAAUAGAGCAUGCAGCAUCUAUUUACACACUGUCCCACAUAUAUACCUGUCAUUAUUUACACCUCAUAUAGAAAUUCAGUGCUCUAACAACUUUUGACUUGUAUAUUGUGAAAGUAGCUACUGCUAAAGGGUGCAAAUACAUUUGACAUGCAGAGACAAAAAACUGGGAAUUAAUAUAUUGCACUGUUGGAACAGCCAAGGAUGAGGAUGAGACAGUGGUUUGGUUUAAUAGUGGUACAUAACAGACCAACA